AAACCACACCUUCAAAUACAUCAUACAUCUAAGAAACAUUCAAACAAAAUCAUUCAGAAAUCGACGAUAGUUCAGCUUGUUACCAACCCAAAAACUGACAUCUGUUAAAUAUUUAUAUGCGGCCUGGAAUCGAAUGUACUUGUAUAUAUAUGUGAUAAUCUAGUUUGUCGACAUAGUAUAUGAUAAGAAACGUACACAAGGUUGGAGAAACGUAACUUCCCUGCAAUUUACUCAAAGUUAUUGCAAUUGCAGGGCUUUCUGUCGGACUGAGUAGUUGUGUGACGUUGUUUGCACAUAUUUGUCGACAAAAAUGGUGGCCGGAGAGGAAAUGUCCGGGAGAUUGGAAUGGAGAAUCAAUGUGUCGAAUGGAGCAUCGAAGGUUCUAGAGCCUGAACAAGGGUUGGUAGGAAGAGUAUGGCACAAAGCGUAUAGUUUGAUGAUUAUGAAGAUAUGGAAGUUUUUGGUGAAUUGUUGGAAAAUAGGUGUGGCUGAGCCAAGGAAGUUUAUUCAUUGUGUGAAGGUGGGAGUUGCACUAUCGGUAGUGUCUCUAUUCUACUAUAUGAGACCUUUAUAUGAAGGUGUAGGAGGAAAUGCAAUGUGGGCUAUUAUGACCGUCGUGGUUGUGUCUGAAUAUACAGUCGGAUCAACUAUAUACAAAAGUGUCAAUCGAGUAAUUGCAACAACUAUUGCAGGAUCAAUAGGAGUUGGGGUUCAUUGGUUGGCAAGUCAUUGCGAUAGAAGAUACCAGCCUUUCGUCCUUGGAGCUUCUGUUUUCGUUUUUGCAUCAACGGCCACCUUCAGUCGUUUCAUUCCAACAGUGAAAGCAAGAUUUGACUAUGGUGCCAUGAUUUUCAUCCUCACAUUCAGCCUAGUUUCGAUCUCAGGCUACCGAGUAGAAGAGUUAGUGAUGAUGGCUCAAAACCGGGCAAGCACAGUUGCAAUCGGGAUCUCCCUUGUCAUACUCGUAAGCAUGUUGUGCUGGCCCGUUUGGGCUGGAGAUCACCUACACAAUCAAACUAUUAACAACCUUGACAAACUAGCCAAUUCGUUGGAAGGUCAUGUAGCUGAUUACUUCAACAAUCAGGAAAAUGAUAAGAUCUCUGAAGAAGAGUUAAAGAAAAAAUUGCAAGGAUAUAAGUGUGUGUUGAACUCAAAGGCCACAGAAGAGUCUAUGGCGAAUUUUGCGACAUGGGAGCCAGCACACGGACGAUUCUACUUUGGCUAUCCAUGGAAACAAUACCUAAAAAUUGGUGCUGCAGCACGCAGUUGUGCUUACUGCAUUGAUAGUUUAAACAGCUGCAUCGACUCCAAGUUACAGGUUCCAGAGUUCUUGAAGAAUCAUAUCGUAGACAAAUGCACACGAUUAAGUUCAUGUUGCUCAGACGUAUUGAAAGAAUUAGUCACAUCAAUCAAGACAAGGGAAAGACAAUCUAACAUCGAUUUCUUAGUCGACAAAAUGAUCUUUCAAGUCGAAGAAUUCCAAAAUGCAAUCAAAGCUGUCCCAUGUGAAAUCCUUUUUCAAGUUUCGACAACGAAUGAGAACUCUGUGGAUAGAAAUCGGGAGAAGAUAGAGAACUCGAAUCAAUCAAGUUUGUUAGAUGUAAUGUCUUUAGGUUUGGUAUCCACUUUGUUGAUUGAGAUUGUAGGGAGAAUUGAAGAGAUCGCGCAAGAAGUUGAUAAGCUAUCAAACAUGGCCGAGUUCAAAAUAAAGAAAGAAAACAAAUUACAAGAAAUUCAACCAGGUGCGUGUAAUCAAACAAAAACUGAAGGUCAAGAAACAAUGAAGGCCAUUGAAGAGGUUUGAGCUUUUGACCUUUAGCAAUUGACGAAGAAUAUUAGUUGCUUCGUGUAGAGACCAUCUCGACCUCCUGUAUGUCAUGAAAAUCUCUUAUAAACAAAAUUUCAAAAUGUCGUUCUUGCUAUGUUACAAAAAGUAUUCAAUUCAGCUUAAUUGAUUCAAGUGAACAAGAUUUUAUUUUUCA